CUGUAAAGCUGAUGGUGAAUUCAAAUCAUUUAGAUGCCAUCUUGCACCACGCAUCUCUAGCCUGCGUCAUGUCUAAACCAAAGAAUUGGCCAGAUGGCUUCCCGUAUCUCAAGGCACCUCUUCAUGACAAGAGUCUAACUCCAGCGCACAUACAAGCUCUUAAAUACAAACCCUCUGCUUCAAGUGGCAUUCCCAUCAUCCCAUCGCCAGCAACAACAGCACCAUAUAAUCUGGCCAAAAUCCAACCUAUUUCGGACCCAUCACACCCAGCAAACGGUCAAAGGGGUCUCUUCGCAGCUCAGAAUCUCGCACCUGGUAGCUUCAUCCUCGCAUAUCUGGGCCGAGUGCACUCAGGCUCAGCAUCCUCAACAGAGAGCGACUACGAUUUAUGGCUGGACCGAGAGCUUGACGCGGCUGUUGAUGCUGCGAGUGAAGGAAACGAAGGACGCUUCGUGAAUGACUUUAGAGGCGUGGGUGAGAGAGCGAAUGCGGAGUUUAGGACGGUUUGGUGCGAGCGAUGGGGAGAGCUAUGUGUGGGAGUUUGGGUGCUUGGAGGUGGGAAGAAGAAGAAGGGAGUAGGAAUCAAGAAGGGGGAGGAGAUUCUUGUCAGCUACGGUAAAGGAUUUUGGGGGGAGAGGAAAGUGGAAGAGUAUGAGUAUGAGUAUGGGUGUGAGGGAGACAAUGGAGAGGGAGUUGGUAGUGAUGUCGCAUCAUGAUAUAUAUGCACCUCAAGAUAGUUCCAGCUGUUGUGUUUUGACAUUUUGUUACUAAC